AUGAGCAUGAGUAUCAUUAAUCCAUCUAGUUUCACACUUGUUAUAUUUUCCUUUACGUUGGUCUUGGCUCUCGCUAUGCUUUUCUUGAUAGUCAAGAAACCUAAAGAGCAGCUUCCUCCGGGCCCACGGGGAUGGCCGAUCAUAGGGAACUUGUUCCAUAUGAUCAUGAACCGACCGGUUCAUGUGUGGAUCCACCGUUCCAUGGAGGAUAUGCAAACGGAGAUAGCUUGCUUCCGCUUCGCCCGGGUCCGCGUCAUCACCGUAACCUCAAGCGAGAUCGCCCGAGAAGUGCUUAGAGAAAAAGACGAGGCUCUUGCAGACAGAUCAGAGUCGUACUCGAGCAAUCUUAUUAGCCAUGGCUACAAAGAAAUUGUUUUCUCUUCCUACGGAGAGAAUUGGAAGCUGAUGAAGAAAAUGAUGACCACAAAACUAAUGUCUCCGACAACGUUGAACAAAACCCUCGGUGAUAGAACACUAGAAGCGGAUAAUAUCGUCACGUAUGUUUUUAAUCUCCCCCAACCAGGGUGCAUUAACGUGAGAGAUAUUGCCUUAACGUAUUGCCAUGCCGUGAUGAUGAGGAUGAUGUUUGGCCAGAGGCAUUUUGAUGUAGCCGCUGAGGACGGAGGUCUCGGGCCAAAAGAGAAAGAGCAUAUGGACGCAAUUUACCGAGCUCUAGAUUGUUUUUUCAGCUUUAAUGUAACGGAUUACUUACCUUUUCUUAGAGGAUGGAACAUCGAUAACGAGGAGGAGGAGGUCAGAGAAGCGGUUGAUAUCCUCAACAGAUGCAACGACCCGAUCAUCCACGAGAGAAUGCAUUCGUGGAGGAACAAAGGCGGUAAAGAGACUGAAGAAGAUUGGCUCGAUAUUCUCAUCACCCUUAAAGAUGACCAAGGAAUGCCUUUGUUCACAUUUGAUGAGAUUAGGGCUCAGUGCAAGGAUAUCAAUGUUGCAACAAUUGAUAAUACGAUGAAUAAUGUGGAGUGGACGAUAGCAGAGAUGUUGAAUAAUCCUGGGAUUCUUGAGAAAGCCACUACUGAAUUGGACGUGGUAGUUGGUAAAGACAGACUUGUGCAAGAAUCAGACAUACCACAACUCAACUACAUCAAAGCUUGUAGUAGAGUAUCUUUCCGGCUUCACCCAGCUAAUGCCUUCAUGCCUCCGCACGGAGCCCGACAAGAUACUACUCUUGCUGGUUAUUUCGUUCCCAAAGGAAUAUGA